UCUCGUAAAAUUAUAUUGUUUUUUUCUUUUGUAUUUUUUUUUCCCUUUUAAUAUUAUGACUUGAUUCAAAAUUGUUGGGUUUUUUCCCAUUUUUAUUUUUUUUUUAUUAUUUUUUAAAUAACUUUUCUUGUUAAAUUAUAUUUUUAGGAUGCACCACAGUCAACAAGUGUCCCCCAGCCCACAAUUUGGACACCCCUGGUAUCAGGUAUGAUGUAACUGCUUCUUAAACCACAUCAGACAUCCUGGAAUAUUCUAGAAAAUUGCAAUCAUGUUUUUAAAAAAAAAAAACACAUUACAAUUAAAAAUUAAGCCCCACCUCUCAAUGUCAACACGUACUGAAUAUGUAAUCAAAUGUAUAAUGCAGAUGUUGCUUUAUUGAUAAAGCGAUAUGUCUCCAAGGGAAGAUGAGCAUCUGCCAAUCCUCUUUAGUAGCAUUAUGUUGAGCCUCGUGACAUCCGGCGCGAGCCAUUCCAGCUCCCCAAAAACAACAGUCAGUCAGCGACUCUCCGCGGGUGCUGUAGCCGGCAAGUGAAGCCCUCAGGCGGGGCGAGAGGAGCCGAGCAGCUGGCGGUACAGGUCGCUUCAGGAUGAAAGACAUUGGACGCGUCGAUGCGUGUCUUCUCGCCAAAUAGCGUCAAACAAGCGAUGUAUUGGACAUAACUUCCUGUUUGCAUCAUGAGGACGAUAAACAUUCGCCCUCCUCAGAGGAGACUCAGGUGCAGUCGCGUCCUCUUCUUCAUCUCAGGUAUGCUCUUGUGCUUCUUCUACUCGCUGAUGCUAAGAGCCAGGCUGUCGCAGCGCUCCACCCAAGACGGCGGCCAUGACGGCGUUUUACAGGUCAAGACCCGUGAGGUAAUUGCGCCCAAUGUGACACAGGAAGAGGCGGAGUCAUCCCGAAGCACCCAAUCCUCCGUAGUUAUCAUCGUCAACAGGACGGAUAUGGAACAGUGCAUCUACGUGGAACCACAACCUCCUCCGACCACCGCGCCCCCGCCACUUCCUCCGCUGCGGCCACCUCACAGGAAGGGCGAAUACCCAGAAGACAUCUUCUCAGUGGAGCAGCGCCGCCAAGGCUGGGUGGUCCUGCACGCCUUCGGAAUGAUUUACAUGUUUGUAGCCCUCGCCAUCGUGUGCGAUGAGUUCUUCGUUCCGGCCUUGGAGGUCAUCACCAACAAGCUGGACAUCUCCGACGACGUGGCCGGCGCCACUUUCAUGGCUUCCGGCGGCUCGGCUCCGGAGCUCUUCACCUCCCUCAUUGGCGUCUUUGUCUCCCACAGCAACGUAGGCAUCGGCACCAUCAUCGGCUCGGCCGUCUUCAACAUCCUCUUCGUGAUAGGCAUGUGCGCCAUCUUCUCCCGCGAGGUGCUGCACCUGACGUGGUGGCCGCUCUUCCGGGACGUGUCCUUCUACAUCCUGGACCUCGUCAUGCUCAUCGUCUUCUUCCUGGACAACGUGAUCCUGUGGUGGGAGAGCCUCAUGCUGGUGCUGGGCUACGUCGGCUACGUGUGCUUCAUGAAGUUCAACGGUCCCAUCGAGCAGGUGGUGAAGACGCAGCUCAACAAGCACAUGAGCAUCGUCCAAGCGUGGACCACCCAGGAGCCUGAGAAGGAGAAUCAACCAACAACGCCUCCACCUCGCCCUGCCGCCAUCGCUGUGGCAAACAACGAGGAUAAAUCCAAAGCACAGUCAGAUCCUCCUCAGAGCCCCGCAGCGAGCAAGGCACCAGAUCGACAAGAGGAGAAGGACAGAAAACUCAGGGUGCGUCCUGUUCUGCAGCGGGGCGGGAGCUCUGCCUCGCUCCACAACACGUCGCUGAGGAGCACCAUCUUCCAGCUCAUGAUCCAUACGCUGGACCCUCUGGGGGAAGAUCACGACCACAAGGCCAAAUCGGAGCCGUCUGCAGGAAGUGUGGAGCAGUCUACGUCCAAGCCUUCGGCCGAGGAGAUCAAGAACACGGACAACCACCAUGAUGGCUCAAAGGCGAGCUCGGGUGGCGAGGAGAGCGGCGACGGCGACGGCAGCGACACAAGCGAAAGUGAGGAUGACGAUGCAGACGACGACGACGAGGAGGAGGAGGAAGAGGAGGAGAAUGAACCCUUGUCUUUAGAUUGGCCGGGAACCAGACGCAAGCAGGCCACGUACCUCUUCCUGUUACCCAUCGUGUUCCCCUUGUGGCUCACGCUGCCCGACGUCCGCAACCCGACAUCCAAGAAGUACUUUGCCCUCACGUUUAUCGGCUCAAUCCUGUGGAUUGCAGUUUUCUCCUACCUGAUGGUGUGGUGGGCUCAUCAGGUGGGUGAGACCAUAGGAAUCUCGGAGGAAAUCAUGGGUCUCACCAUCCUGGCGGCCGGGACGUCCAUCCCUGACCUCAUCACCAGCGUCAUUGUGGCCCGUAAGGGUCUGGGGGACAUGGCAGUGUCCAGCUCGGUGGGGAGUAACAUCUUCGACAUCACAGUCGGUCUUCCGGUCCCGUGGCUCCUGUACUCCCUGUCGCACGACGGCGAAGCCGUGGCGGUCAGCUCCAACGGUCUGUUCUGCGCCAUCGUCCUGCUCUUCCUCAUGCUCCUCUUCGUCACCAUCUCCAUCGCCACCUGCCGCUGGAAGAUGUCCCGAACGUUGGGACUGACCAUGUUUGCUCUCUACUUCCUUUUCCUCAUCCUCAGCGUCCUGUUGGAGGACCGCGUCCUCGUGUGUAGCGUCUCCAUUUGACCCGAGGCGUCACUUCGGGACCCCACUAAAAGGUCUUCUGGUUCCGGGGGGCCCAAAGGUCAGCACUUUUAUCUCUUUUAGCGUCACUAAUUAGUCCAUGAUGGUGCCGAUUAAUCACAGCUCAUGUCAAUUUAAGCUAGUACUACUGAACUAUAAAAGUACAUAAGUAGAAUUAUUGUGUUCUUAUGGUCACUGAAGGUCACUGAAGGUCUUCUGGUUCCGGGGGGCCCAAAAGUCAGCACUUUUAUCCCAUUUUAGCGUCACUAAUUAGUCCAUGAUGGUGCCGAUUAAUCACAUCUCAUGUCAAUUUAAGCUAGUUCUACUGAACUAUAAAAGUACAAUAACAUACAAGUACAAGUACAUAAGUAGAAUUAUUGUGUUCUUAUGGUCACUGAAGGUCACUGAAGGUCUUCUGGUUCCGGGGGGCCCAAAAGUCAGCACUUUUAUCUCUUUUAGCGUCACUAAUUAGUCCAUGAUGGUGCCGAUUAAUCACAUCUCAUGUCAAUUUAAGCUAGUACUACUGAACUAUAAAAGUACAUAAGUAGAAUUAUUGUGUUCUUAUGGUCACUGAAGGUCACUGAAGGUCUUCUGGUUCCGGGGGGCCCAAAAGUCAGUACUUUUAUCUCUUUUAGCGUCACUAAUUAGUCCCUGAUGGUGCCGAUUAAUCACAGCUCAUGUCAAUUUAAGCUAGUUCCACUGAACUAUAAAAGUACAAUAACAUACAAGUACAAGUACAUGACUAGAAUUAUUGUGUUCUUAAGGUCACUGAAGGUCACUGAAGGUCUUCUGGUUCCGGGGGGCCCAAAAGUCAGCACUUUUAUCCCAUUUUAGCGUCACUAAUUAGUCCAUGAUGGUGCCGAUUAAUCACAGCUCAUGUCAAUUUAAGCUAGUACUACUGAACUAUAAAAGUACAUAAGUCAGUACUUUUAUCUCUUUUAGCGUCACUAAUUAGUCCAUGAUGGUGCCGAUUAAUCACAGCUCAUGUCAAUUUAAGCUAGUACUACUGAACUAUAAAAGUACAUAAGUAGAAUUAUUGUGUUCUUAUGGUCACUGAAGGUCACUGAAGGUCUUCUGGUUCCGGGGGGCCAAAAGUCAGCACUUUUAUCCCGUUUUAGCGUCACUAAUUAGUCCAUGAUGGUGCUGAUUAAUCACAGCUCACGUCAAUUUAAGCUAGUUCUACUGAACUAUAAAAGUACAAUAACAUACAAGUACAAGUACAUGACUAGAAUUAUUGUGUUCUUAUGGUCACUGAAGGUCACUGAAGGUCUUCUGGUUCCGGGGGGCCCAAAAGUCAGUACUUUUAUCCCAUUUUAGCGUCACUAAUUAGUCCAUGAUGGUGCCGAUUAAUCACAGAUCAUGUCAAUUUAAGCUAGUUCCACUGAACUAUAAAAGUACAAUAACAUACAAGUACAAGUACAUAACUAGAAUUAUUGUGUACUGAAGGUCACUGAAGGUCUUCUGGUUCCGGGGGGCCCAAAAGUCAGCACUUUUAUCCCAUUUUAGCGUCACUAAUUAGUCCAUGAUGGUGCCGAUUAAUCACAUCUCAUGUCAAUUUAAGCUAGUACUACUGAACUAUAAAAGUACAUAAGUAGAAUUAUUGUGUUCUUAUGGUCACUGAAGGUCACUGAAGGUCUUCUGGUUCCGGGGGGCCCAAAAGUCAGCACUUUUAUCUUUUUUAGCGUCACUAAUUAGUCCAUGAUGGUGCCGAUUAAUCACAGCUCAUGUCAAUUUAAGCUAGUUCUACUGAACUAUAAAAGUACAAUAACAUACAAGUACAAGUACAUAACUAGAAUUAUUGUGUGCUUAUGGUCAGAUGUUAAUGCUACACAAGCACCAGACCAUGAUCGAGUCUGGAACAAGUUAACCGCAGUACUCAAAGGGAUGAUAGUACUCUUUAACUACCAGUAGCACAUUCAGUGUGUAUUUAUUCUCAAAGUAUUACUUUACAUGAUAUACUUUUUGUUCAGGUUUGCUAAAUGAUUAGCUUUUGGUGUUGUAGUGUAAAACGUGUUAUCGUGUAUUAAUUUGUGAGUGAAAAUGUACUAUUUAUAAAAAAAUGUUUUAUUUGAAAAAUUUAUUCUGCAAAAAUUUUUUUUUUUUUUAUUGGCUGUGUACCGACACGUUGAAAUAAAGUUUGUUGAAAGCAACUCUAUUGAGUUGAGACUUACGUACUUCCGGGUGUAAAGAACCAUUUUUGUAAAAGUGGUCCGUAUGAAUUAUUAAUUUUUUUUCAUUUUCACUGAAAAAGUGGAGCCAAAAAGUGAUAAUAUUUAAUAUGUAUUAUUUAUUAUUUACAUUCAAAACAACCCUGAAUGUUCUGUCCUUUACAGAAACAUGCAUUUAAACAGCUUUAUUAUCAAUUAUCAUAUAUUAUAUAUUUUUUUUAAAUACAUUUUUUUUUUUUUAAAUAUAAAUGUACACUUUUGUACAGAAUUUAUACAUUUUUUUCAUUUUUACAAAAGUCAUAUUUCCCAUCAGAAAGUCCGUUCAAGUCACAA